GGAUUAGGCAUUGGUGCACAAUUCCAUGCUCAUGGAGGAAUUGCAAUCCACUACUGAUUUGGAUGCAAUAUUUCAUUGCUGCCUCAAAAUUUGCUUAUGAAUUGUCAAAGGAGUUCUUCCAUGGUGCCCCCUCCCAGAUACUCAGACACAGUGCCAACUUCUGGUUCUAGAAGAACCCCAAAAAAACUGCAAAUUAAAAAUGUCAAGAAUCAGAAUCCAAAGUUUACCAUUGUCUCGAAAUACUUACCUGUACUAAAUUUGGCUUUUUAUCAAUAUCUGUAUAUUUGCUCAUCUUUGUUCUAAUGGCAGCAAACUUUUUCAUCUGAGCUUUCCGGUCAUAAGUAAUUUCUUCUUUCGGAAAUUUUAUCAAAACUAAAAAUAUCAGCAGAUUGAAGGGUAUACCCCAUAUUUUCUUGAAGAUCAGAAUAGGUGAGGAUUCUGUAUGGUGUAGUGACUUACAAGAAUUUUUGAUUCUGGAGGACUCAGGUUGUUUUGUUUCUCCGUGGGCAUGAUUUACUUAGUUUUGUUGAUGGUAUAAACCCUUGCCCAGUUGCCCGCUAUAUAUCGCUCUUCGCUGCCGCCAAUCCCUCUGUGUGCCGUGUGAGUUCGGAGUGAUGAAGCUCUUCUCUCCAUGAUCAUCUCCUCCCUAUCCGAGGAGGUCAUGCCGCUCGCCAUAGGUCACCGAACAUCCAAGGCCCGUUUGGAACGCCAUUGAGCAGGCUUUGGCAUCAACAUCUCGGACUCAGUUGAUUCAUCUUCUCGGCCAGCUCCAAGCACUUUGUCGGACACGCUCAAGCACUCACCGGUCGCCCGUUCUCUCUCGAUGAACAAAAUUUAUAUGUUUUUCAAGGACUUCGACCUUAGUAUCGUUCAUUAACAGUGUUUCUUGCGGCAGCUUUCUCGGCUCAAGAAUUUAUUGUCGGUGACUAUGGUGCUUUGGACGGUCAUGGACAGUCACCGGCAGCUUUCUUGGUUCAGCGCGGUGGCGGUCUCCGUUAUUGACGAGCCUUUUUUUGCAGGUUUCCCAGUAUUAUUGCUGACUUGGCGCCGCCGCGCCGGUAAUACUGUGGUGUGGAAAUUAAUUGGUAUUUUCCUCCUUAUUUUCAGUAUUAAUAUACCGUUACCUAUUUCGACGAAGUGUUCUCCGAUUCACAGCACCGGCGGACGUUCUAAUCAGAUAGAAUCAUUUCUUCCUAAUAAAAACUGUUCUCCGACAAAGCACUCAGAGUAGAGGUAUGCCAUCUUUCUCGAAUUCAUCACGGGUGAGUGUAAACAUGGAAUAUGAACCUAGUGUGUAAUGUAAUUGUGGAUUGAAAGCUCCUAUUUGCAUAAGUAGAGAAUCAGGAAAGCAAUUCUUCGGGUGUCAAAGAUGGAAGGUACAAAUUUUGUUAACUUUUGAAUGAAUUUUGGUUUUCAAUUGUUUUCCGCUGACGACGCCAUUGCUGUCCUGUUUCGACGCCAUUGACGCCUUUGCCGCCGCUAGUCUGGUCGUCGUCCUCCGCCGGUCAUCGUCGCCCUUCUUCCACCGAAGCUGCCUCACUCGCAACCGCCACCAUCCCGGAACUGCCGAUUCCUCCCCCUGGACCGAAUAUUGAUGAUGAUAUCACAGAAGAUGAGCUGCAGGAAUGUGGCUCAAUUACUUGUGCAAAACUUAUGCGAGAUGAUAAAGGAAUGAGUAAGGGCUUUGGAUUUGUUUGCUUCUCCACACUUAAAGCUGUAGCUACUCUCCAUGAAUUUCAAGACAGAUGUACAUCUCUGAUUGGGGCAAAUGUUUUUGCAUGUGUAUUCAGUAGAAGUUAUCUGUAUUUGCCUUCAGUUAUUGUGCAAUCAAGUAGCUCCCUUUCCUGCUAGAAGGGCAAAAUCUGGUUUUCAGUAUUGAGUAAGAAGAACUGGCAUUUCUUAUUUGCACAAUUUGAAGAUACAUUUGAUUCCAUACUAAUAUUCUUCACAUUCAAAAUACUUCCACACUUUAUUAGUUGCUCAAUGAAUUCACCUCUAUUCCUUUUUAGUAUUAUUAUUAAAAAUUUACGGCGGUCACAAAAACUCUGUAUUGUUUGAAUUGUCUUUUUGAGUUGUUUGAAUUUGGUGUAUGUGGACAAUCUGCAGGAUUUAUGUUCCACCGAAAGCCUUUAUAUGUGUCAUUUGCUCAGAGGAAAGAGGAAAGGGAAGCACAGUUACAGCUACAGUUCCUAUGUUUCCCAAUGCUACUAGACAACAUAGACAGAACAGGGGAAGGGUGCAGGGAAAUAUCCCUGCUCAAUAUUCAGCGCACAUGCAGCCAACUCAAUCAGUGGCUUUAGGGAAAGAAUCUGUCAACCAGCAGCGUCUACUGCUGUGGCCAUUCCAGAUGGAUCUGGUGCUGAAGGACCAGAAAAUAAAGUUGAGUAGUUUGCUUGUUGGAGCUUCUCCUGAGCAGCAGAAACAAAUACUUGGAGAACGCCUUUAUCCACUUGUCAGUGAAUGCAAGAGUAUUGAAGCAGUCGGUCUUCGGGAUCACUUAUCUGCUCUAGCAGAAUCUCUAAGCAAAGCAAGGAUAAUGAUCUACCCACCUAUGCCAAAAACUGCUAAACUUGGGGAGGUGCUAUCAGGACAUUUUGAAGCGCAUGGUCGUCUUAUUUUACAAAGCAACUAUUGAGACUGGUAAACCUCAUUGCAAAA